UCUCUCUUCUUCUGCCUCCUUCUGUCGUCCGUGUCCUGAUAGAUUGAGGAUUCAUUUUCUGCAAUCCUUAACAAUGAACGCCCAAUUUUUCUUCAUUUUUCCCUCCUGUUCGUUCUUUUUUCCCCUUUUGUCGGGAGGCUCCUGCUCUGAGGCAGAACACAGGUUGUUCUCAGGGAUUUUCUCCAGCUACAAUCAGUACAUCCGCCCAGUGGAGAAUGUGUCUGAACCAGUUAUCGUGCAGUUUGAGGUGUCCAUGUCCCAGCUGGUGAAAGUGGAUGAAGUUAACCAGAUUAUGGAGACAAACCUGUGGCUGAGACAUAUCUGGAAUGACUACAAACUGAGGUGGGAUCCCAAGAACUUUGGAGGAGUGGAGUUCAUUCGAGUGCCUUCUAGCAGGAUAUGGAAGCCAGACAUCGUGCUGUACAAUAAUGCAGUGGGAGAUUUCCAAGUGGACGAUAAGACCAAGGCCCUGCUUCGCUACAAUGGGGAUGUGACCUGGAUCCCUCCGGCCAUCUUCAAGAGCUCCUGCAAGAUUGACGUUACCUACUUCCCCUUCGACUACCAGAACUGCACCAUGAAGUUUGGCUCUUGGACGUAUGACAAGGCCAAGAUAGACCUGGUUCUGAUUGGCUCCACCAUCAACCUCCAUGACUUCUGGGAGAGUGGCGAGUGGACGAUUAUCAACGCCCCGGGCUACAAACAUGACAUCAAGUACAACUGCUGUGAGGAGAUCUACACAGACAUCACCUACUCCCUGUACAUAAGACGGCUGCCUCUCUUCUACACCAUCAACAUGAUCAUCCCUUGUCUGCUCAUCUCCUUUCUCACUGUGCUGGUCUUCUACCUGCCUUCUGACUGUGGGGAGAAGAUCACCCUCUGUAUCUCUGUCCUCCUCUCCCUCACUGUGUUCCUCCUGGUCAUCACCGAAACCAUACCGUCUACGUCGCUGGUCAUCCCCCUCAUCGGGGAGUACCUCCUCUUCACCAUGAUCUUCGUCACCCUCUCCAUUGUCAUCACCGUGUUCGUGCUGAACGUGCACUACCGCACGCCCAAGACCCACACCAUGCCGUGCUGGGUGCGCAGUGUCUUCCUGGGGCUUCUACCCAGGGUCAUGUUCAUGACCCGGCCGGAGAGGGACCCUGAGAGGCUGCCUGGGGGGGUGGUUCAGCAGCUGACGCCCCCAGCCUCGCGGCCCUGUGUGGUCUACCCCACAGGAACCAUGCAGGGGCAGCAGAAGCCCCAGGCCCUGGUCUCCACCGUGGCUGCCAGUGUGCUCCCAAGCCUGGCCCAGCGACAGCGCCUCUUCAUCAGCACGGAGCUCACCAACCUCAAUAACCGUAGCCUUGGUGGGGGUGGUGGUGGUGACUUUGUUAAUGCGGGCUCCAGCUUCCUGUGUCGCGAUGGCCGCUGCAACUGCUGCUGGCGCCAGAGGUCCACCAAGCUGCCCCCUGAGACGGGAGGAGGGGGUGGAGGGGUGGGGAGCAUCGGGACCCACAGUGGAGGAGGGUCUGCUGGGAUUGGGGGGGUUUGUGGAGGUGGUGGAAGCUCCUGCUCCAGCUCAGAGUCUCUGGAUGGCAGGCUGAGGACUCUGUCCCCUCACUUCUCACCGGAGGUCAGGGAGGCCAUGGAAAGUGUCAAGUAUAUCGCCGAAAACAUGAGAAUACAGAACGAAGCCAAGGAGGUCCAGGAUGACUGGAAGUACGUUGCCAUGGUGAUCGACAGGAUAUUCCUGUGGGUGUUCAUCUUGGUGUGUAUCCUGGGGACCGCUGGGCUCUUUAUCCAGCCCCUCCUAUUGUUCAAUAUGUGACCCACUCAUACACACAGCAAUUACACAGUGACUGAGUGUUUUAAAUCAUACAUGCACAGUCAUUUUGUGUAUCACCCAGUGAUGCGGACCAAAGAAGCUGAG